AUGCAUCUGCGGUCAAUGACAAAGAACCGAGGAGUCAGCAUGAUGGCGCUGCUGGGCUUAAUGCUGCUUUUGGUGGACACCUCGGUGGUGGCACGCAAGCUGCCCAAGCGGCCGGCGGUGAAACCGUUGAAGACAUUUCCGCGCAACAAUGCCACACCGAUUCCGGCAACGGGAGCGGGAUCGGGAAUUGCGGCGCCGAGCGGAAGCGAGCUACCAAAACCGUUGAGCGUUGAGCCAGCGGAAGCGAUUGCCGCAUUGCCACCUGGUUCUUCUGGUGAUUCCUCUGGUGCUUCUGCCGCCGCCCCGGUGCCACCUGCUACAUCACCUGCCGCUGCCUCUGCCGCUGCUGCUGCUGCUUCUGCUGCUGCGGAGACCAAGGCCGAUGAUCUGGACCCCACUCCCAUGGCAACACCUUCGGGGAGCUCUUCGGUGGACGAGGACUGCGAGCCGGAUAUGAUUGGCUUUGAGCUCAUAACAGGGUACGUGCUAUCGGCGCCAUCGAAGCAAUUGGAAACACUGCCCGGCACCCUCAUGCUGACCGACUGCCUGGAGGCCUGCCAGGCCAAUGAAUCUUGCAGCGCGGUUAAUUACGAGACGGGCCUGUGUGUCAUGUUCCGCAGCACCGCCGAUCAGUUGCCAGGUUCACUUUCCCGCUCCCAGUAUCCCGUCUUCACCGUUUACGCGCAGAAAUCCUGCUUCGGAGUGCGUCCCUGCUCGAAGGCCUGGUGCAUCGAUCGCGUCCAGGGCUACCGACUCCCAGAGCGGGCCAAGGCCAGCCAGAGUGUGGCCACGCGGCGCGACUGCAUCGAGCUCUGUCUGGGCGAAACGGAGUUCACCUGCCGAUCGGCCAACUACUAUGCGCACUCUGGCCUGUGCGAGCUCUCGGACAUGGAUCGCAUUACGCUGUCGGACGAGGCGAACAUCGCGGCCUACGAUGGCGCCGACUAUCUGGAGAACAACUGCGCCGAGGAGCCCAGCAAGCUGUGCGAGUUCAAGCGCGUAGCGGGUCGCAUUCUGAAGACGGUGGACUCGGUGCACCAGAAUGUGCAGACGCUGGACGAGUGCCGCGACCUCUGCCUGACUGCCCCGUUCCGGUGUCAUUCGUACGACUACAACGAGACCGGGGAGCUGGUGUGCCGCCUGUCCCACCACAGCCGGGCCACGCUGACGGAUCUCUCGGAGCCCUACCUGUCCAUCGAGGAGGCGGCCACGUACGAGCAGUCCGCCUGCUACAACGUCUCCAUCGACUGCCGCUCCGGGGAGAUGGUGACCAAGAUCAGGACGUCCAAGCUGUUCGAUGGCAAGGUGUACGCCAAGGGAGCACCCAAAUCUUGUGCUGUGAAUGUAAACAACUCACUGGAGUUCGACCUCAAGAUGCGGUACAACGACCUGGAAUGCAAUGUGCGUCAGAGCGCGUAUGGCAGGUAUAUGAACGACAUUGUGAUCCAGCACCACGAUAUGAUUGUCACCUCCUCCGAUCUUGGCCUGGCCGUAUCCUGCCAGUAUGACUUGACCAACAAGACGGUGGUUAACAAUGUGGAUCUCGGUGUGACUGGGGAGAUUGAGUCUACGCUUAGUGAGGAAAUCAUCGUCGAUUCGCCGAACGUCAUCAUGAAGAUAACCGCACGUGAUGGCAGCGACAUGAAGAGGAUCGCCGAGGUUGGGGAUCCGCUGGCUCUGCGAUUCGAGAUCGUCGACGCCAACAGCCCGUACGAGAUCUUUGUGAGGGAACUGGUGGCCAUGGACGGGACGGACAGCGCCGAAAUCACACUGAUCGACGCCAACGGCUGUCCCACGGACCAGUACAUAAUGAGUGCCAUGCAAAAGCUGGCCAACAAUCGCAAGGUGCUGCUCUCACAGUUCGACGCCUUCAAGUUCCCCUCCUCGGAGCUGGUGCAGUUCCGCGCCCUGGUCACGCCCUGCAUACCGCGCUGUGAACCGGUUAUCUGCGACAACGAUGAGAACGGCGAGCUCAAGUCGCUGCUGUCCUACGGUCGUCGCAAGCGAUCGGUGCUCAACGGCACUGAUGGCGUUGAGCUGGCCAUUAAGUCGGAACGCCAAAAACGUGAUGUGAGUCAUCAGGCGGCCGGCGAUGAGAACAUUCUGCUGGUGCAAUCGAUACAAAUCACCGAUAAGUUCGCCUUCAAUGGCGCCGAUGCUCCGGGAGGCAGCGGAUCGGAGGCCGGUGGUCUGGAUGGCCUGGCCAAAUUGCAACUGGACCUGGGCACCAAAUCGGACACUUGCAUAAACGGCUAUGGCUUCAUAAUUGCCGGGGCCCUGUUCCUGCUCCUCCAGCUGACGGUCAUUGCUGUCUGGGACAAUAUGCAGAAGCGAGCGUUACACAAGCGGUAA